AUGGUUUCGACGACGUUUGGAUGUUUCGGCGGCAAACAGCAAACGUGCUGCCACCGAUCACGCCGACAAGAAUGUGUGCAAAUUCCCGUAUGCAUACAGCAGCAACAAGCCGGUUGCGGUCAGUACAAUUCAUACCAGCAACCUUAUGUCAUUGGCGGCUAUGAACAAGGUGGUGGUAAUGGCUGUCAGCAAUAUGCUGUUCCACCACACAUUGCGCCCGCUCUACCGAUUGAUACCUCUCCGUUCGUGGGUAACUCUCAGUUCGAACUGCAGUCGAACACUCAGCUCAGUCAACCUGGUUUCAGUCCCAGUUCAUUGGGUCAGUUGGUUGCUCCGGUACCAUUUCCAUCAAAUCUGGAUAAUUUUGAAAGCAUUGAAAGUUUACCGGCACCACUCAGCAGUCAAAUCGACACCAACAUGUUGUCUUCGAAUGCGAACAAUCCUUCUAUGAUGUAUUCGAAUGAAGAAUCCACUCAGAUUGGAGCUGAAGGAGGUGUAGUAUCCCCGUUGCAGCCAUUUCGCGAUUCACACAUUGAUCUGCAGUUAAGGCACAGUCCAUACGAUUCGAAUUCGAUCGUAAAUCAUGGAGCAAACGGCGCUUCACGAGAAACCUUCAAAUCAUUUUUGUCGCCAUCUGAUCGCAAUGCGAUUCAA